AAAUUAAUCAUGUCGGUUUAUUUGACAUUUACUUUGACGGUUGCAAUGAUUAAUAAGUGAAAAUGGCUGUCGUUUAGAUUAUUUUUUACAGAAUAUGUUUGUGUCGGGAACGCGAAAACCUUGGACAUAAUAUAUGUUUGCAGUUAUACCCCUUUAAAUUAAAUAUAGGACUUUAUGUUUAUUUCAGCUUGAUCUGAGAUGAAAAGUACUGAAUGUGAAUGGUUAAAACCCAGGAUAAAUGUUGGUGAACCACUGACAAUCUAGGUGGUAGAGCUUCAGAUUAAAAGUUCACAUUUUCUUUAUAAAUGUUUUAUCUGCAAAAAUAAUUGGAAAACAGGCACAAAACAAUUAUUUAAAAUAUUUGUUAAAUAAUAUGCAAUAUUCUUGUUACAACCGUGAUCAUUUCCAGUACUAAACAUCAUAACAUUGGGAAUACUAAAAACAAUAUAGGAGGAUUCCCCGGUCUUAUCACGACCUAGUUUUUGAUCUGAAAGAUGCAAACCGCUGAUAUGUGAAAUUAAGGUUUUAAGAACAGUCGACAACUUUAUGUAUUUUCAUAUUCAAUUACAUAUUUAGUUACUUACUUACUGAGUACAAAUUGAGAUAACAAUACCAAAAUACCUACAUGUAAAGUAAAAUUAUUUAAAGGUCACCUAGUUCUGUUUAUGUUUAUACAUAUUGGUCAUUGGUUUUUUAGAUAAUUGACAAUGUUUGAAUAUAUGCUUUUAAAAGCCUUUUAGUAUCAAUUUCAUGUGCUUAUUUGUUACUGUAUGAUAUUAAUUGAUAUUAUUGCCUGUUACAAUGUUGGAUGGAUUAUUUUUUUUCUGUGUUGUGGGAAAUGGUUAAAAAGUAAUGUUAUCUUAAGAGUGCAUCAUUUGUUUGCUGAUACGUUUUGAAUAAGAGAAAACUUUCGCUGUGUUCUAAAAAGGAAAACGCGAAAUAUCCAUAUCUUGUUUUAGCUAAUUUGUAAAUGCUUUGAGGCUAAAAAAUACUAACAAUGGAUUCAAUACCUGAUGAAGAUCGAAGGAAUAGGCUCACUUUACUUAAGAAUAAAAUUCGAGAUCCUCAAGGGAAAGGAAAUAUUGAUUCUCUUCUCGAUACAGUCCAAGCUCUCUACACCGACUGUGACCAUCCUGCCAUUAAAAAACUUAAAAAUGUGGAAGUGUACCUAAAUAGAUAUGAUACUCUCGCAAGUGAUAUAAUUAAUCUUCGUAUGAAAACUGAUGAUUUUGAACAUAUCAAAGUCAUUGGUAGAGGUGCAUUUGGUAAGGUCCAACUUGUCCGUCAUAAACAUACUAGACAGGUAUAUGCUAUGAAACGGUUAAGUAAGGCCGACCUGAUAAAGCGCUCAGACUCUGCGUUUUUCUGGGAAGAGAGACACAUUAUGGCUCAUGCAAAAUCUGAAUGGAUUGUGCAGUUGCAUUUUGCAUUCCAAGAUGCCAAGCAUCUUUAUAUGGUCAUGGACUACAUGCCAGGUGGCGAUAUAGUUAAUUUAAUGUCUCACUAUGAUAUUCCGGAAACUUGGGCAAAGUUUUAUACGAUGGAGGUAGUGCUUGCCUUGGACAUUAUACAUUCAAUGGGUUUUGUACACCGAGACGUUAAACCUGACAAUAUGCUCCUGGACAAACACGGUCAUUUAAAAUUGGCUGACUUUGGAACAUGUAUGAGGAUGGAUUCUGAUGGUUUGGUGCGUUCAAACAACGUGGUUGGUACUCCCGACUAUAUAUCUCCAGAAGUUUUACAAAGCCAUGGAAAAGGCAUUUAUGGAAGGGAGUGUGAUUGGUGGUCAGUAGGAAUAUUCGUCUAUGAAAUGCUGGUUGGAGAAACCCCGUUUUACGCAGACAGUCUUUUAGGAACGUACAAUAAGAUUAUGUAUCAUGAAAGCAAUCUAAUUUUUCCCGAUGAAGUGGAAAUUUCCAAUGCGGCCAAGUCUCUCAUACAGGGCCUGCUUUGUGAUAGGACGAAACGAUUAGGUAGAAAUAGUGUGGAUGAAAUCAAGAAUCAUCCAUUUUUCAUCAAUAGUGAAGGUUGGACGUUCGAUAAUUUACGUGAUGCAGCGCCACCAGUUGUGCCUGAGUUACUUGGUGAUGACGAUACGCGAAAUUUUGACGAUUAUGAAAAGGAUGAAACUCCAGAAGAGGUGUUUCCUGUGCCAAAUACCUUUGUUGGAAAUCAUCUUCCGUUCAUAGGAUUCACUUACAACUCAGAUUCGCAAAUGUUAUCAGGCGACUGUGUGGACAGUAAAGCAAAUAAUCAUAUUUUCAAUGACAAAGGUACUAAAGCUCAAGUUAGUAAGUUAGAGGCUUUAUUAGAACAAGAGAAAAAUAAUGUAGAGACUUUAGAAGCAAAACAACGAAUACUAAUAGCUCAACUGGACACUCUCGCUCAAAGAGAAGGUGAUCUGAGAGAUGAAAUUUCGAAAUUCGAAAAGGAAUUAACUUUGCUGAAACAUGGUUAUAAGGAAAUGCAGCGAAAGGCAGAUAUGGAAAGCGACUUGAAAAAAAAUACGGAAAAAUUGUUGACUGAUCUAAAACAGAAAUUUGAAGAGGAACAGAACAGAAGGACUAAAGAAAUGAACAACAACCAACAGCACAAUGAUAAAAUUCACGUGCUUGAAAAGCAGAUAAGUGAAAUGCAGGAAAAAUUGAAAGUCGAAACGGAGAAUUGCCAACGAUUGCGCAAGCAAACAACAGAACUCACGAUGGCUAAGUCAAACUCCGAAAUGAAAGUAAGCGAAUUUCAAACCCUCCUGCAAAACUUAGAAGUUCAAAAGGACUCGCUGCAAAUUGAGGUUGCUGCUUUACAAGAACAUUUAAAUCAAGAGAGAAAAUCGUUGGCUCAAGCUUCAGACAAUCAAUUGAUGCUCGAAAAUAAAUUAUCUUCAUUGAAUAAGGAGUUAGAUAAUGUGAAGCAGAAAGAAGGUAAAACAGCGAUGGAUAACAUACAACUGAGUGAGAAAGUGUCGUACCUGGAAAAAGAAAAUGCUGGGUUAAGCGCUGAACUCAACACUGCUCAAACAAUGUAUCAACAAGAAGUCAAAGCCCACGAAGAAACUGAAAAAAGUCGUAUGCUUAAUAAGGAGGAAGCUAACAUGGAAGUUGUGAAAGCAUUACAGACAAAGCUUAAUGAAGAGAAGAACGCCAGGCAGAAAGCCGACUUGAACUUCCAGGAGAAAGAACGGCAAAUAUCUAUGCUGUCUGUUGAUUAUCGACAAAUCCAACAGAGAUUACAGAAGCUCGAAGGAGAGCAUCGACAGGAAGUCGAAAAAGGAAAAGCGCUUCAUUCGCAGGUCGAGCAAGAGCAACAAAAGAAAACCAUAUUGCACUCUGAAAUAGCACAACAAACUCACGAGCUGACUAAACUAAAAACAAAGGAGUCUCAACUGGCAGCCGAUCUUCAACAAAUUCAGAGUUCAAAGAAAAUCUUGGAAGAAGAAUUGAUGAGGAUUAAGAGAAACUGGCAAAUGGAUCAACUGCAAAUGAAGGAACUUCAAGACUCUUUGGAAACAGAGCAAUAUUUUGCCACUUUAUAUAAAACUCAGACGCAAGAACUGAAAGAAGAAAUCGACGACAAGAAUCGCAUUAAUAAGGAGUUUGAGGAAGAGCGUGCAUCUCUCAAGCAUCAAUGUCAACUUGCUCUUGCGAGAGCCGAUUCAGAGGCUUUGGCUCGAUCAAUUGCCGAGGAAACAGUUGCCGAUUUGGAGAAAGAAAAAACAAUGAAAGAAUUGGAAUUAAAGGACUUGCUAGGGAAGCAUAGGAGUGAGAUUAAUGCCAAAGAAUCCGCAAUUAAUGCUUUGAAAGACCGUGAGGCCGAUCUGAAGAGGUUAAGCGAACAGCUGCAAAAAGAGAAAGAAGAUUUGUCGAGACAAUGCAAACAGUUGCAAGAGGAACUUAACAGGACUUCGGAUAAUAACGAUGAAAUAGAGAAACUUCGAGCUAAAUUGAAGACGGAAAGUUUAUUGAAGCAAACGGCUAUCAACAAGUUGCACGAAAUUAUGAACCGAAAGGACUUUAAGGAGAAACCCAGCAAAACUAAGGUUUCCAGCAUUGAUUUAAGAAGGAAAGAAAAAGAUCUCAAGAAAUUGCAGCAAGAAUUGAGUCAAGAGAAAGAAAAAUAUAACUAUAUGAUAGCUAAUUCUCAGAAGAGCAUUCAGGAUUUGAACGUACAAUUAAACGAAGAGGUGGCCAAUAAGCACCGUCUUCAAAUGGAAUUGGACAGUAAAGAUGCAGAAAUAGAACAGCUGCAAUUAAAAUUAGCAGCUCUGAAUAGUGAGACGGCGUCUUUAAGUUCUGCAGAUAAUGAAGGAGAUGAUAUUAACUCUGACUAUGUAUUUGAGGGCUGGUUAUCAAUUCCCUCAAAGCAAAAUAUCAAAAGAUAUGGUUGGAAGAAGCAGUAUGUCGUGGUUUCUAGCAGAAAAAUCAUAUUUUACAAUUCGGAAAACGAUAAACAAAAUACUGAUCCAGUGAUUGUUCUCGACUUGUGCAAGGUGUUCCACGUGCGAUCAGUGACACAAGGAGACGUGAUUCGUGCGGAUUCCAAAGAUAUUCCUCGUAUUUUUCAACUGCUGUAUUUGGGAGAAGGAGAAGCGCGUAAACCUUCGGAAGAACCCAACAACACUUUAGACACUUCUUCAGUUCGCAGUUUCGAAGAUAAGCAACCAGGUUUUAUUGCCCACAAAGGUCACGAGUUCCUCAACAUAUCCUAUCACAUGCCCACGGCUUGUGAGGUGUGUCCCAAACAGCUUUGGCACAUGUUUAGGCCUCCACCGGCGUUGGAAUGUCGAAGGUGUAGGAUUAAAAUCCAUAAAGAUCAUCUGGAGCGAAAAGAAGAUACUGUACCUCCUUGCAAGUUACACUAUGAUCCUUCUUAUGCCAAAGAACUUUUACUCCUUGCAACCUCAAAUGAGGAACAAAGGCAAUGGGUGUCUCGACUAAGUAAAAAAAUACAAAAAUGCGGAUUUAAGGCUAACAAUUCAAACUCUGACACUUCAAAAAUAUCACCUAGGGAAUCUACUAGAUCCAGUCUCAAGCCAUAUUUAAACGUCCCACAACGAUCGGCUACCUUACCAGCCAAUUCUUCAAUGGGAGGCAAAUGACAUACGGACUACAACCUAAGAGGUACACACUCUUACAAGAAUUCUUCCAGGUCCGUUUAUGGGCCUUUUUACAAACCGACUUGAAGUUUCAACAUUGCUUUGUCUGGAAAUAUCAUGCUAUGCAUAUGAAGCUAUAUGGUCUGUACAGUCAUUACCAAAUGCUUCGAGCUUGAUCAAGCACUGCUGAGAGUUUAAGUUGAUUUUAACAUGUGAUAUUACGUCAUAGUGAUAGGUUGGCGUAGGAAGUUGUUCAGUUUUUUUGAUCAGUUAAGAAAACUUAUGCUAGUUCUAUUUGACUUUCUUUCAGCUUCAAUUAUCGCUAACCAAUCUAAUAUAGUAUGGGCUAUUAUUUUAUUCACGCUCCAAAUAUUCGACACCGUUAUGUUAAAAAAUACAUUUAGACAUCAAAGCAUGGAAAACAGUCAUUAGAGAAGUUACGUUCUUAGCAUCAUCGAUUAAAUUAUAUUUAAUGGAAUUAUUGAGUUCAUUGAAGAGAUGAUGUGAAACCCGAAUUGUAAAAUUGUACCUUUUAAAAUCAGCUAUCGGUUGCUCCGUUUACGAUUUCCGAGCUCAAAAACUAAAUAUAAAUGUAAUAUAAAUAAACAAAAUUGCCGGAUUUGAGGCGACGAAAAUCCAGAAGCCAUUAUUGAGACCCCGCUAUAUCCAGAAAACGCACUUUUUUUUGUGCUUUAUGAUCUGGAAGACGUUUGGAACUGGUCGAAAAUUAGACAUUCAGAUUACUCUUCAUUAGAGCCAGCCGUGGCACAUUAUAACCCAAAUCAUAGUUAAGCUAUAAUGCCUUCAAUAAAGCCAGUGCCAUUACGUUAUCAUGAUUUUCGUGAGUUUUAUUUCAGUUUAAAGUUCUGUAUCUCUAAAGAAACGCCCUUUACUUACCAGCAACCUAAAGAUGAGGAAUAAAGAAAAUAAAUAAAAUAGUCAAAAGAAGUCUUUCAGUACGGCAAAAUAUGUGAUUGAUGAGCAGAAGAUAUGAUUAGCAGAAGCUUAAAUUGUUAAUGUACUAAAACCUGUUAAAAAUUGACUUCAUGGAUUACUCAAUUCAAUUUAUUAAGAAAUUUAAAAGGCGAAGAGAAUAUUACAAAAUAGAACGCUCAAAAUGCUCGCCUCCGAUCUCAAUUUAUUUUCAAUGCGACUCGCCUUUCUGAACUCAAUUACAAUUAUUUUUAGCACCCUGUAUCUUAGAAAGGAAAAUUAGCGGAUAUAUUUUUUCUGAAGAAUGCAGUCUGAAAUAUAUUUCCGUCGUUAUAUUACAACCUGUAUAUGGGAGAUUGGAAAUUGCCAAGACUAUUAACAGAAGCUGGUUUAUGCUUAAAAAAAUCUAUAUUAAAUGCAUUUCUAAACGUAGAUGACUCCCUCGUUCAAACAUUUUUUUAUGUCCAAAAUGUAUGCGUAGGUUGAAGCUGAAUUGAAGCUCAAUUGCAUAUUUAACUAAAUACUAAUAAGCUUAAUUCUUUCACCAGUAGAUAAACUAGCGUUUUCUUUACUGGCAAAUUACACGGUAAGUUCGUAAUAUAGGUUUAACCUAGAAGUGCCUACUUUUCAUUGAGAGAAACAGUUUGCAAUCUAUCCAAAUUAGAUAUGUAUAAGAAACAUUCAGCUCAAGAUUUUUAAAGUGAAGUUAGGACAUUAUAUUACGCCUAUUUAUCUUGGUGGAAAUUAUAUUUGAUGUCAUGAAAGGGAUUUUUUUAAAAAGUGCUUUUUUAUGAGCAUUUUAUUUUUGUAUACUCUAAUACUGGACCGUUGUUAAAGGGCAACACUCUCAGAUUCAUUUAUCAAAUGAAAAAUGGUAUGUGAUUUUACUGUAUAGUGUCGAUGAGAUAUGUAGAGUAGGAAUAAGCAACGAAUAGACAAGUAAUUGAAUAAAAGCUACUGUUUUCGUUAAAAAAAACGUUUAAGAAUGAAGGAAAUGCGUACUCAAAACAUGUCGUCCCCUUUACUCGAAAUACAUCAAUUCGUCCAAUUUCCCACUUCUCGACUCAUUAUUAGCACACUGUAGAUACAUUACAGUUUCAGCCAUACUAAUUUCUUUUUCAGCUAACGCUUAUUUUAAAAUUAUUAUUUUUACAUUAGCACAUCACUAUCCUUUUAGAGUUUAUUAAAUGUGAGCAUGAACUGGAGGAUACCGCUUUACAUCUAGUAAAGCGAUAUAAAUUUUAAUAAUUUUACUAGUAUUUUAUACAUUUUUAGUACUAGUAGUUUAUACAACUAAACUGACUGUUGACCAUUUAUACAUUAGAAAAACUUAGGACAGUAGAUGUGCUAAUAAUUAUAGCUGACUUUCGGAUCAUUAUACUUAACCGGUCAACUGUACAUGCCCAUUUCACUAAUAUGACUAAAAAUGCUACGGAAAGUUUUUUCCUACAUAAAUUGUUUUAAAGGAUUCUCACUGGAAGUAAUAAAAUAUACACAGAGGUCCGAAAAAGUUACAACUGUCUAAUUUUUUUUUCAAGUUUUUGACAUGGCGAGAAACCCUGAUCUAUUAAAAUGGUUUAUGUUCAGUGUUCUAUUGAUGGCAUGUUACAAAUUAUUCUUUGCUUAUUGUUUUGUUGUACAGCGUGACAAGUUUACAAGUAAUUCAAUUAUCUACGCAUAUAUUUCAACAACAACAAAUUGUAUUGCGUUGCGUCCAAACUUUUUGCUUCGCUAUUUUUAAAGAACUUGACUAGCUUAUUAUAAUUUCUUUAACAUGAAAAUCAUGCUCUGAAAUUUUCGGGAAUUGUUCUAAAAGAAACACAGGUCUGGGACACCCUGUAUAUUUACUAUCGUAAGUAUCGCACCACUCUGGUGCAUCUCCGGUUAUGCCUUUUCUUAACAUCAAUAGAGAACAGAACGAAACAGAAGACUUAGAACACAUGUUCAAAGUUUUAAAUGUCUUUAACACGAAAUAUGUGGAAACUGCAUAAAAUGAGAUAGUAAUUACCGCAUUAAAACAUUUUUUUUUUAAUUUUCAACUCUGUACAAUUUAAAAUAUGUAACUUUUUUGGAACCUUUUCAUAUUUUAAGAUCCAUUAACAAUAAUAAAUAAGUAUUUAUUAUUACUUAUUAUUAUUUAUUAUUACCUUACAUGAGUAUGUAAGGUGUUCUUUUACUUUUAGUGUCCACAUUCCUAUUAUCACUAUUAUGAAAUCUUUAUUAAUUUGUUGAAUAAUUGUUAUUUCUUUUGUUGUACAAAGUAGUCGGAGUAAUUUUUUUGCUGCUGUAAUUUGAUUUCAUUGCAGUUUAUUAUAUUAUUAGUAGGUACGUAACGUUACACACGGUUUGAUCUAAUAAUGUGCAUUGUGCCUUAUUUUUUGUAGAGUUCUACAGAAAAUGAUUCGAUUAUUUUUUGUAAUCAAUGUAAAUUUUUGCCUUAACUAUAUCUAGUAAGUAUACAAAAUAAGCCAAAAUAGGUAAUUUUAAAAUAAAUUGUUCUUAUUUAUUG